GCAUCCCUCGCUGCAAUUGGCAAAAUUUACGGGAGCGAAUCGCGGCGCUCGAUAACGCUCAUACCGAUGAGCGUCGUCCGGCAGCAGGUCGGCGCUUAUUGGGACGACGUGAGUUUCAGGAUAGCAUUUAGGUAAUUAUCAUUAUUCAUAUUGAUAUUAUAUCUAUUAUAGUGAUUAGUAAAGAUAACGAAUUCGCAAAAUGAGAAAUUCAUCAAUGUAUUCUGUUUUCAGAUAUUAUCGAUUGCGGCUGCGGCUCGGAUACGGCAGGCUGAACUUUUUUGUCACCAACCGAGGUGAAAAGGUCGUCAAGAUCUAUGACGACGUUAAUAAAACCUUUGGCGCCCGUCUGUCGGCCACUCUAUUCCGGCGCAUGGUGGAGACCGAGGGCCGAGACCACGAUGCUGCAACGUCUUCAGGCGUGGCAAAGGCGUUGCAGCAUUCGGAGGACACGGCAAGCCGAUAUUACCGUAAGCCAGACGCGGCGGAGGCCAUUAGACGACAAGGAAACCUGGACAGGGUUGAACACACUGCUUUACUCAAAAGCUAUGUUGAAGAACAGAAAGCGAACAUACUCUUACCUUCAUCAAAUGAAACACACUGUAUACUAACCAUAAGCUAUUUUCAGCUUCGAAAACUUUUUCCCGACAAUCGCGUAUUUUCCAUUUCCGAAAACGGAAACUGCAUCAAAAAUAAUAACCAAAAGCGAUAUCAUGCUGAAUAACCCGUCGGCAGCCAAAGAUUUGGACUACGUUAACAAACUGCAAGACCGCUAUGACGCCACCCUUCUAGCAGA